GUGUUACAGAAUUUGAUAGUAUAAUGUAUCUCGUUUUUAAACACAACAAAGUGUUGUCAUAAUUUUGAAUAUCUGUUCUAAUAACAGAUUGAUCUAACACAUGUUUUCUUUCCUCACAUCUUCUCAUAUUGUCAAUAGCUGCCUUAAUUUAAAGUAAAUAUUUUAAUUAUGUAUAUUCCCUACCUCAAUUGCCGGAACCAGAUCCAUGACCUCCUGAAUGGCGUCCUUGUGUACGCCCACCUCGUGUACCUUGACCUCUUGUUCCUCGACCUCGUGAACGGUUAUUUCCUAUUGGCACAGCUGUAUGUAAAUAUUUUAAUUAAUUCAUAAAAUAAUUUUAAAUUCGCUCUCUUAAUAUUUAACGACAUAGUAAAGUUAUAUAUCAAGAUAUCUAUUUUUGGGGAACAUUUUACAUUGGUUCAGGGGGAUGAGCGCAAUAGAGGAUUUAAAAAAACGUAAGGCCAAAAAUCAGUACAAAACAGUGGAUAAUAUGAAUUUGGACUUAAAUUGAAAUUGGCCGCUGACAGGCAUUUAAAAGUCAAUUAAUUACCCUCAUUAAAAUGAAUGUGAAUCUUCAGCAUAUCUUGUAUAAUUUCCGUUUUCUCGUUUUCGAUUUCUUCAAGAAGGGUGUUUAGUUUAUGUGUUUCUUCAUUUAUUUGUUGUAACAUGGCCG